UCAAGAGCGCUUCAAAGUAGUUGCAGUGAAGUCAUACAGAAUAAUGUCAGUGAACGUGUUUUAGUGAGACCCUGCCAUCAAGAUAUAUUGUUCUCGUAUUUUUUUCACAUGACUAUUAUAUACUGUAUGACGUCAUAGGGAAUUGUGAGGGCGUCAUUUGAGGAGAUUUACAGAAGAUCCAAACCAGGGUUUUGAGGUCUGAGCGGCAAUGGCUGUGCAGCAGUUUUGCCUUCGAUGGAAUAAUCACCAACCAAAUUUUAUCUCUGUUUUCACACAUCUACUAAGCACGGAAUCUCUGGUGGAUGUGACACUAGCUGCUGAGGGCAAGCAUCUCCAGGCUCACAGAGUAGUUCUCUCUGCUUGUAGCCCAUACUUUCAGAUGCUGUUUACAAUGAAUCCAUGCCAGCAUCCAAUUGUUAUUCUGAAAGAUGUUAAAUAUGACGACUUGAAAAUAAUGGUAGAUUUUAUGUACUAUGGCGAAGUCAACAUCUCACAUGAACAGUUGCCAGCAAUUUUGAAGACUGCAGAACUAUUGAAAGUCAAAGGCUUGGCAGAGAACUCGGAUCCAGGCUUGACCAAGCAGGCAAGUGGCUCAUCUGACCGUGCAGAGUUGUUGGCACCCGGAGAUUCUGCCUGGGACAGUGCAAGUCGCCGCAGCCCUUCGCCUUUAUCAAUUGCAGCCAAGCGGAAAAGGCUGCGGAAGUCGUCUACAGGUUCAGGGUCUGGCUCCACAGAACGGGGUACCUCUGAGGAACUCCUGACUGGUGAAGUGACUUUAGUUCCUUCUCCAGCACUAGUAAAAACUGAAAGUUCUGGCUUCCCAGUGGUGCAGUCAAGUGGAGGAGGCAGCACAGACGCAGAUAGUGGUGGCACAGGGCGCAGUGCUGAUAGUUCCCUACGCACUGGAGGGCAAGAACCUAGCACGGACUCGGAGCCGCGGAAUGGAUCCCAUGAUAGCACUGAUGAUGAUCCAUUAUCCAUUCAUAUACCACCAGAAAGUGAAGGCAGCAAUCCUAAGGCGGAAUCAAAUGUGUCAGAGUACAGUCAAGGUGAAACUCAAAGCCAGCAGUCUCAUCAAAUGCACAUCUCUCCACAAGGAAAACCACCAUCAGCAAAACGUAAUAGGUGGUUGGUGCGACAGCCGCGUGUCAAGAAAGAGGGUGAUGCAGGUCAGGAGGAAGUUGAGCUUACUGCUCCUGCAGCUUUAUCACCAACCGUGCCCAGCCCUUCACCCCAAGUAACAGAGAUGCAAACCACAGUUGUGACACCAACCACCACUGUUCAGCCUCAGCAUUCACCGCCACAGCAGCUGCUUCUUGCGGUUCCGCACCGUGUCGAACGGCAGAGCUCAGAACCUGGGCCUAGUCGCAGUUGCCAGCUUCUGACAGUGCCACAGACACCAACUUACCUGGUGAAGCAGCAUUCUGACCCACAGAUACAGAGUGUAGUAUCCACUCAUACGCCUCUGCUGACACUUCAUCGUCAACUCUCGCAGCAGCAUCAGCAGCAACACCACUUGCAGCAGCAUCAACAACAACCACAGCAGCAACAUCAGCAGCAGCAGCAGCAGCAGCAGCAGCAACAACAACAACAACAACAACAACAACAACAACAGCUGCCAGUUCUGCAGCAGCAGCUUCCACCACCUCCUUUCCACGUGCAGCUCGUAACUGCACCAACGCAGGAAUCACCAGCACGAGCACCAUCUCCCUCAGUGGUGGUAAUGGGAGGUCCAGCAACACAUCAGCAUUCACCUAUGUCUGUGGAGCAUCCUGCUGCAAGUACUGCCGCCAGCUCUGCCCCAUUAUCACAGCAGGCCACACCCCAUCAGGAUGCUAAGAAUACACCUACAGGACUGCGAGUCCGCACUGAUGAAUUGCGCAGAGCAUCUUCAUCACCACAGGAGACAACGUACGAGUGCCCACUGCGAUCGAACCACUGCCCUGCCCUGAGGCCUGGCCCUGCACUGGGUUGCAACUAUUGCUGGAACACAAUCGACAGCCAUGGCCGCAUUCUCCGGCGUAAGACUAAAUAUUAUUGCCCUGAGUGCCAAACCAAUCUCUGCAUUGUUCCCUGUUUUCAGGCAUAUCAUGAACGUGCGACAGCUCCACCUGGUAGCAAGAUUUUGCCUAAGACUGGUUCCAUAUAGUGAAUAAUGUCACUGCAUUAGGAUAAAUAAAUUCUUUCAGCUUUCUGCCAUUCAGAAAGUGCACAGAGACAAUAUUUUUCAUUGUUAGAGAGUCAGUUCUGUCAAAACAGAGAAAUUUGGCUUAACUCAGAGGGACAAAUUGGAUCAUUUAAAGGAGUUCCACACACAUACAUUAAUUGUGCAUGAUCAAAAUGGACUGUGUUGAACUUGUUAGGUCUGUUGUAUUCUCUCACAUUAGCAUGGUCAGUGGAUCUAUGUGACUGCUGAAUUUUCUUUCAGAACUUAUAACUUGACCAUAUUUUUUAUGUUGCAUUUUCAC